GAAUUGCCUUUCUGGGAUGUGAUCGGCCACAGUGAACCGAUUGGAAAGUACAGCAUGGCCUGUUGCACAAACCACAUACUUUGUCCUUCUCCUGCAACCACCAACAACUCAACUCAUCGUCUCGGACAUCUGCAACAAUGGCCCCAAAGAGAAAGCGCGCUGGAGACGUUACUGUCACCGAAACGACGACAACACGAGCUACUCGUAGUUCUGCGCGUUCGAAAACAAAGACUGCGGCAGCUGAUUCACCAGCAGCGGGAACAUCUGUAUCUGCUAUGUCCAAGGACGAGGACAUAGAAGAAAUAGAAACCCCAGUAAAGAAAACGCGCAAGACUGUGACCAAGACCAAGGCAGCAACGACCACGAAGAGAGGGACAAAGAAAGAACAAGCCAUACCCGAAGCUGACGCACAGCCUGCACCGAACGGCAAGCAGUCUCCCUCCGACAGCGCCAAGGAGGUGACGAGCAAACCCGUUGCGAAACCGACCACGAGGAAAGGUUCCAAUGCAAAUCCAGAACCUUAUUCUCCUGGCCGCGCCUUGGAAUUAUUCAAGAGCUAUGCAAACCAAGACGAUUGUGACGUCAUAGGACCUGGCGGCUUUGAACGACUAUGUAACGACGCGGGAAUUGCGAUGGAUGGCGCAGCACCGCUAUUGCUGGCUUGGCAAUUGGGCACGAGUGAAUUUGGAAAGAUCAAGAAGUCGGAAUGGGAGACGGGUACGGGUGAAUUGCGGAUAUCCUCAGUUGAUGUCUUCUCUGUUGCAUUGCGCGAGCUUGAGGACAUGUUGCUACUAGACAAACCUGCACUCAAACCUGCACUCGCACCUAUUGGUAGCAAGAAAACUGCGAUGCCCGAACCUUACAAUCGCGCCCGAUAUUACCGGUAUGCUCAAGACAAGAAGAAAGCCUACAAUGAGCUCUAUCUCUUCUGCUUUAUGCUAGCGAAACCCGAAACCAGUCGAAGUAUUGAUAUGGAGACCGGCUGUGCUUUCUGGUCUGUGCUUGUCGCGCCCAAAUAUUCCACGAUGAAAGACAUCCUCGAAUUCAUUACUGAGAAAGGCACCUACAAAGGUGUAAACAAGGACCUGUGGACGAUGACACUUGAAUUCUGCCAGACCAUUUCACCGAACUUGGAUGGAUAUGACGCUGAUGGAGCAUGGCCAACCAUGUUGGACGAGUUUGUCAAUUGGAAGAGGAAGAAGAUUGAGGAUGUCAAGUCUUAGGUACUGCUCAUGAAUGCUAUUAUGAGAUAGACAGACAGAUGGACUCACUCUCGGGCGUGAGCACCUUUGGCUACGACUCGGACAUGCCUAGUAUGUAUUACAUUCUAAUACUAAUCGUAGUCAUUUGCUCGCAUUUGUUUUGUGGUGGGUUUACUAGGGUUUUCUUAGAAGCAAUGACUUUCCUUGAGGGCUCUCAAGGAGAACAUCUAUCUUUAGCAUGACAAGGGUUCCGAUAUAUAUAGUUAAGGUUGCACUAUGUACUGACAUCGCACAUUGUUCUAGUCAAGAGCCAGCUGAGAUGGUACAUAUAGGAUUGGAG